CCAGCAAACCUGAAGAUGGAGAAAACCCAAAAAUCGAGCAAAGAAAAAGAAGAAAAAAUGAGUGAAAAAUCAAACAGCAAAGGGUCAGAGAUAUUUGCUUCGUGUUCCUUCUCUAGCCUCGGCCUCCAUUCCACUUUGUGUGACCAACUCCGAGAAAGGCUGGGUUUUGAAGCUCCAACUCUUGUUCAAGCUCAAGCUAUUCCUGUUAUACUCUCUGGUCGACAUGUACUUGUUAAUGCAGAAACGGGGUCUGGCAAAACAAUAGCGUAUUUGGCUCCUAUUGUUCAUCACUUGCAGGGUUAUAGUCCUCAAAUUGAGCGCUCUCAUGGUACUUUUGCGUUGGUCCUUGUACCAACGCGUGAGUUAUGCAUGCAGGUGUAUGAGAUUCUGCAGAAGUUAUUGCAUCGUUUCCAUUGGAUUGUUCCUGGUUAUGUAAUGGGUGGUGAAAACAGGAAUAAAGAGAAAGCCAGGCUGCGUAAAGGCAUUUCUAUUCUUAUUGCAACUCCUGGGCGCCUGUUGGAUCACUUAAAACAUACAUCAUCUUUUGUGCACACAAGAUUGCGUUGGAUAAUCUUUGAUGAAGCGGACAGAAUUCUGGAAUUAGGAUUUGGAAAAGAUAUUGAAGAGAUAUUGGAUCUUUUGGGUUCUAGGGCAAAUGAAUCUGCUCACAAGGGAAAAUCCUCUGAAUUUCAAAGACAGAAUUUGCUAUUAUCAGCUACAUUAAAUGAAAAAGUAAAUCAUCUUGCCAAAAUCAGUUUAGAAAAUCCUGUUAUGAUUGGUCUUGACAACACAAAGAUGCAAAAUCCAUCACUUGAUCAAACUAGAUCUUUGGGAUCUGAUGAGGAUGAAGAACUUGAUAACUCAAGCAAGUUAGUAAGUUCUUCAAGUGGAGACUAUAAGCUUCCAGCUCAAUUGUUUCAGAGAUAUGUUAAAGUACCCUGCAGUUCCCGGCUUGCCAUGCUUCUUUCCUUUCUGAAGCAUCUUUUUGAGAGAGAAGCUUCCCAAAAGAUUGUGGUAUUCUUUUCAACAUGUGAUGCAGUAGAUUUUCACUAUUCACUGUUGAGUGAAUUCCAGUGGUCACCCUACUCGCAAUUUGAAGCAGAACUUAAGCAGAAGUUUCUGAAAUGCAAAACUUUUCGGUUACAUGGGAAUAUGAAGCAGGAAGAUAGACGAACCACCUUUAGCGCCUUUAAAACAGCAAAGUCAGCUCUUCUUGUGUCUACAGAUGUUGCUGCAAGGGGCUUGGAUUUUCCGAAAGUUAGAUGUAUCAUACAGUAUGAUUCUCCAGGGGAGGCUACAGAAUAUGUACAUAGAGUAGGUAGGACUGCUCGGCUGGGUGAAAGAGGAGAAUCCUUACUAUUUCUACAGCCAAUAGAAGUGGAUUACUUGCAAGACCUUGAGAAACAUGGUGUGUCACUGACAGAGUAUCCACUCGUCAAAAUAUUAGAUUCUUUCCCAUUGCAUGGUCAAACGCACCGUGUCAAGAAGUUUGUUUCAUUAGAAUCACAUCCCUGGGUGGUAUCACUUCAGAAGGAACUUGAAUCAUAUAUUUUGUCUGGGCCAAAGAUCAAGAAACUAGCGAAGAAUGCAUUUUGCUCUUGGGUCCGUGCAUACACAGCCCAUCGUGGAGAUCUUAAAAGAAUUUUCAUGGUGAAGAAACUUCACUUGGGGCAUGUUGCAAAAAGUUUUGCAUUGAAAGAGCAGCCAUCCUUGGUUGGAAAAUCAUUCCAAAAUCAGUCGAAAAAGAGGAAGAGGGAUCAGAGGCAGAUGGGACUUCACAAAAAGAGGAAAAUUGCCAGUAAAACAGGAAUUUAACAUGAGAAAUCUGAUUGUGAAAUUGGUUAGAGGCUGAUGGUAAAGGUAGUAAGUUAUGUAACAAAUGGUGGAUAUACAAGCUGUCAUCAUUAGAGCAUAUUCCUAUCUCUGACCUUCACCACCUUGUAUGAAACUGAUGAAGUGCUUGUAUUAUUGUUCUUUUAA